AGCAUCCCAGGUCCUUUCUUUCUGGUAAAUUUGGAGAAGCCAUCACACCGGGUCUGUUUUCACAUCCAGCCCAUGCAGACCGAGCAGCCCAGGCUUCGCUCAGUUGGUGAUUCUAAGACAGUAGUUCUCAAAGCCUGAUCUGGGGACCCUGACCAUCUCGGGGGCUCUUUCAGGGGAUCCAUAAGAAAUGCGGCGGCAGAGAACUAAGUGAGACAGUCUCUGUGCAGUUCAGACUUGGCAGUAGGCUGGGACAGCUGGAAGUCUGCCGUUGUACAACAUGCUGCGAGUAAGUCUCUCAUCCACCUUCUCCCUGGGAUUUCAUCUGUUGGCCAUCGUGGCUGUCUUAUUUUCCUACGUGGACCAUAUAAGUGCUGAGACAGAAAUGGAAGGGGAAGGCAAUGAAACUGGCGAGUGUACCGGCUCCUAUUACUGUAAGAAAGGGGUGAUUUUACCCAUUUGGGAGCCCCAAGACCCUUCCUUUGGGGACAAAAUUGCUAGAGCGACUGUGUAUUUCGUGGCCAUGGUCUACAUGUUUCUUGGAGUCUCUAUCAUUGCCGACCGGUUCAUGUCCUCUAUAGAAGUCAUCACGUCUCAAGAAAAAGAAAUAACCAUCAAGAAGCCCAAUGGAGAGACCACCAAGACGACUGUGAGGAUCUGGAAUGAGACAGUUUCCAACCUGACCUUGAUGGCCCUGGGAUCUUCUGCUCCAGAGAUUCUCCUCUCAGUAAUUGAAGUGUGUGGCCACAACUUCACUGCAGGAGACCUGGGUCCCAGCACCAUCGUUGGAAGUGCUGCAUUCAACAUGUUCAUCAUCAUUGCACUUUGUGUUUAUGUAGUCCCAGAUGGAGAGACAAGGAAGAUUAAGCAUUUGCGUGUGUUCUUCGUGACGGCAGCCUGGAGCAUCUUUGCUUACACCUGGCUUUACAUUAUUUUGUCUGUCAUCUCUCCUGGAGUCGUGGAGGUCUGGGAAGGUUUACUGACUUUCUUCUUCUUUCCCAUCUGCGUUGUGUUCGCUUGGGUAGCAGAUAGGAGGCUUCUGUUUUACAAGUACGUCUAUAAGAGGUACCGGGCCGGCAAGCAGAGGGGAAUGAUUAUUGAACACGAAGGAGACAGGCCAUCUUCCAAGACUGAAAUUGAAAUGGAUGGGAAAGUGGUCAAUUCCCACGUGGACAGUUUCUUAGAUGGCGCUCUGGUUCUGGAGGUCGAUGAGAGGGACCAGGACGAUGAAGAGGCUAGGCGAGAAAUGGCUAGGAUUCUGAAGGAACUCAAGCAGAAGCACCCAGAGAAAGAAAUAGAGCAAUUAAUAGAAUUAGCUAACUACCAAGUCCUGAGUCAGCAGCAGAAGAGCCGCGCAUUUUACCGCAUUCAAGCCACUCGCCUGAUGACUGGCGCUGGCAACAUUUUAAAGAGGCAUGCGGCCGACCAGGCAAGGAAGGCCGUCAGCAUGCACGAGGUCAACACCGAAGUGGCCGAAAACGACCCUGUCAGUAAGAUCUUCUUCGAACAAGGGACAUAUCAGUGUCUGGAGAACUGUGGUACGGUAGCCCUGACCAUCCUCCGCAGAGGUGGGGAUUUGACCAACACCGUGUUUGUUGACUUCAGAACCGAGGACGGUACGGCCAAUGCCGGAUCUGAUUAUGAAUUUACUGAAGGGACUGUGGUCUUUAAGCCCGGUGAGACCCAGAAGGAAAUCAGAGUUGGCAUCAUCGAUGACGAUAUCUUUGAGGAGGAUGAGAAUUUCCUCGUGCAUCUCAGCAACGUCAAAGUGUCUUCAGAGGCUUCGGAAGAUGGCAUACUGGAAGCCAACCAUGUCUCUACCCUCGCUUGCCUCGGCUCUCCCUCCACGGCCACUGUGACCAUUUUUGAUGAUGACCACGCGGGCAUCUUUACCUUCGAGGAGCCCGUGACCCAUGUGAGUGAGAGCAUCGGCAUCAUGGAGGUCAAAGUGCUGAGAACAUCUGGAGCUCGAGGGAAUGUUAUCGUUCCCUAUAAAACCAUUGAAGGGACAGCCAGAGGCGGCGGAGAGGACUUCGAGGACACCUGUGGAGAGCUCGAAUUCCAGAACGAUGAAAUUGUCAAAACAAUAUCAGUCAAGGUAAUUGAUGAUGAGGAGUAUGAGAAAAACAAGACCUUCUUCCUUGAGAUUGGAGAGCCCCGCCUGGUGGAGAUGAGUGAGAAGAAAGCCCUGUUAUUGAAUGAGCUUGGUGGCUUCACAAUAACAGGAAAAUGCCUGUAUGGCCAACCUGUCUUCAGGAAAGUUCAUGCUAGAGAACAUCCGAUUCCCUCUACUGUAAUCACCAUUGCAGAGGAAUGUGACGACAAGCAGCCACUGACCAGCAAGGAGGAGGAGGAGAGGCGCAUUGCAGAAAUGGGGCGCCCCAUUCUUGGAGAGCACACCAAGCUGGAAGUGAUCAUUGAAGAAUCCUAUGAAUUCAAGAGUACUGUGGACAAACUUAUUAAGAAGACAAACCUAGCCCUUGUGGUUGGGACAAACAGCUGGAGAGAGCAGUUCAUUGAAGCUAUCACCGUCAGCGCGGGGGAAGACGAUGACGAUGACGAGUGUGGGGAGGAGAAGCUACCCUCCUGUUUCGAUUACGUGAUGCACUUCCUGACUGUGUUCUGGAAGGUCCUGUUUGCCUUCGUGCCCCCUACGGAAUACUGGAACGGCUGGGCGUGUUUCAUUGUCUCCAUCCUCAUGAUUGGCAUACUGACAGCUUUCAUUGGCGACCUGGCUUCCCACUUCGGCUGCACCAUCGGCCUGAAAGAUUCUGUGACUGCGGUGGUGUUCGUCGCACUUGGAACUUCAGUACCAGACACAUUUGCAAGCAAAGUGGCAGCUACCCAGGACCAGUAUGCGGAUGCAUCCAUUGGUAACGUCACUGGCAGCAACGCAGUGAAUGUCUUCCUGGGAAUUGGUGUGGCCUGGUCCAUUGCUGCCAUCUACCACGCGGCCAAUGGGGAACAGUUCAAAGUGUCCCCUGGCACACUAGCUUUCUCUGUCACUCUCUUCACCAUUUUUGCUUUCAUCAAUGUGGGGGUGCUGCUGUAUCGGCGGAGGCCAGAAAUUGGAGGUGAGCUGGGUGGGCCCCGGACUGCCAAGCUGCUCACAUCCUCCCUCUUUGUGCUCCUGUGGCUCUUGUACAUUUUCUUCUCCUCCCUGGAGGCCUACUGCCACAUAAAAGGCUUCUAAAGGAACACUCAGAUGUAGUACAUUUAUAUAUAUAUAUAUAUAUAUACAUAUAUAUACAUUAAAAAUUAUGUACAAUGAACAGAGGAAACUGACAUUUGUCAUGUCCACUUACCUGCUGAUGGAAUCCAGCUUCAAGAGCAUACUUGCUAAGGCUGAAGUGAGAAACCAUCCCCUCCCAUUCCCAGGGGCACCGCCACAUUGAACAAGGCGCAGAGGCAGGGCCGUCUCUGCAGCUCGGCCUAGAAGGCUGGGUUCUCUCCAGGUUCAUAAGUCGUCAGGUCUUUGUUUUCUGUUUGGCUUGUUUUUGAUGGGGGUUGGGAGGUGGUUGAUGUUUGCCUUUUAUUUUUGUUUUGUUUUGUUUUGUUUUGUUGGGAAGAGCGGGGUUUUUGCUUCUCUCCUGAGAGGUGAUGACCGUCUAAAUGCAAAUGGACUUUUGGUCAAAAUUUCAGUCAUUAAGAUUACUCUCCUUCCCCCAAACACUUGAAAAAUUCUUUUGGAUUGAGAAAGGAUAUUGAGCAUGGAAGAAGAAAGAAGCAUGUCUUCUCUAUGUUGCUAAAGCCAAGCUCAUCUCUGGAACGUGAGCAGAGGUGAAGCUGUCUCCAAGAAGAAGCGUGGAAGCUGCAAUGGAGCCAGGAAAGCUGAUGGUCCUAGACACCGUCUGAUAUUUAAAGAUACGAUGCCUGGCACUCUUGUUCAACAGGUACAGGAAUAACGUGCCUGGAUUCCCAGGAACAUGCAGAAUCCUUUAGCUCUCAUCUCUUUAGCUCUGGAUUGUGAUUAGCGAGGCCCUCCUCUGGUGGUCCAGCCCAGCUAACACCCCCCGGUCCCCCACCCCCACCCCUCUCCUCCUGCCCUCCAGUCCUCAUGCAAACGGGAAGAAUCACCCCAUUCGGAAAGCCUAUCAUCUUUUUUUCCAUUUGCAUCAAUAUGUGUCCCAGUCCCAUGUCGCUGCUGCCUGGGAUCAUCUAUUGGUUUCAUUUUCACAAGCAUCCAUGGCUUGCACAAUCCUGUUUCGGUCACGACUGAACAUUCGCUCCUUCUUCAUGUGCCUGUUUGGGAAUGUUGUUGUGAUACCUGUUACACAGUGCAUGGAAGAAAACAAAUAAAACAAAACAAAGCGUUAUCUGUAUAUAGUAGAGUGUAGCAUAUACUGUUCUCCCAUUCAGCGAUGUUAAUUGGACACUGAAGACCUAAGUGAGUUUUCUUUUCACCUGAGUUGUACCUGUUGCGUUGUGACUGAGUUCAUAACUAGGGAUGAAAGGAGAAAAUGGCGUACUGUUCGCGGAGCUGCACGCUCAUUUCUAAGAAGCAAUAACUGUCACGUGGGAAGCGAAAGCUAUUGAGAGGACAGCAGGUAAACUUCGGAGUGUCUUCAUGGGAAACUAGCCAUGUGGAACACAGCAGAGGCCUCUGAAAGUCACCUGUUGAUUGGGGAGGGCCAAGGAGAAAGGCGUAGAGAAGCGGAUGCAUUAGACGUGCCUGUUCUUCGAGAGCCUCCAUUUUCACGGCACCCCAGCCCCUAAAGUAUUUAUUUUCACAUCUGCUCUGUCUGGCACAGAUGGUAGAUAGUGCUGGUUUGUUCGUUUUAUUUUAUUUUUUUUAUUUGAAAGGCUAUUUUGAGCCCUGUUUCUUUCACCAUCCAGACCCCUCUGAUUGUAUCUGCAGUUCCUGAGUAAGAAAGAAGCCAAGCUGACCGAUGGGUCUUUAAAAGUGAAUCUUCUCUGUUCAUGACUAAGGGGGUAAGCAAUUAAAUGAGAUGAUUGCCUUCCAGGGGGAUUGCCCUGGGAGGUUUUUAACCUCGAAACAGAAGUGGCUCUUUCUAUUUCAAAAUAACCAAAGAGCGUGGAUGAACCCGCAUUCCAAAGUAGUGAGUCCGCUGACGAGGAAAUGGAAGGACAUUGGUCCGCUCUCACAAUCUACAGGUUCCCUGGCUGGAGACAACCGCUAGCCCUCUGUGUUGAUUCAAAGAUACUUAAGAAAUAAAAACUCUUACUUAUUUUCUUUUCUUCCACUCAUUAAUCAUGAUCAUUCAUUAUUUAUAAAAUAUGCAUCUGAAUGAAUAAUUAAAUGCUGGUUACCCAGUCAAUAGGCCAGGUACUCUGCUACCUCCUGGGGUCUAAACCAUAAACCAGACAGCCCAGGUACCUGCCUUCAGAGGGUUCACAGUUAAUGUCCUUGCUCUUAUCAUGAGUAAAAAUCAACCCAGCCACUUGGAAACAAGAUUUAUCUUGUAAGGAAAAACACAAUUAUGAAACUUAAAAAAUAAACAGAUUGAAAUUGUGCAAAUACAAUUGUUAAAAUACCUAAGACUUAUUUUUUAAUUAAGAGGGCAUAAGCAGAAGGCAGGAAUGGCAUCCCAGGUGUCCCCGGCCAGUAUUGCAAGUGGGCGCCUCUCCGCAUCUCGGUGUAUGGAGAUGUACCUCGUACAUCAGGAACGGCCAUCCUGUUGGGAUUGCAUCCCACCGAGAAGGCGCAGCAAAUCCCAGUUUUUACCUUGGUUUGACCAUGACUCUUUCCUGUGCCCCACAUCUCUGCAAUUCUUUUUACCUCCUGGGGACUCACUCCUGACCUGUCAUGGCCCGAUACACUGGUGGCCCGACACCUUUGGGGACACAUUCUAGCCCCCCCUUUUCAAAGAUUCACUGAAUGGAAAGGUAGCCUAGAAGCACCAAGUAAAUAUUGUCAAGGGUUACGCAUUUAAAUUUUAGAAAGAUUUUUGCACUCAUUCUCAGCCAUAUUUGGAAUGUCGGUGAUCCCAUAGCAAAUUGGUACAGAGAACUUUUGAGAAAUUCUUGCCAUUGGUCAAUUUCAAUUUCAAAGCUUUUGGGUUUGUUUGCUUUUUAAAUUUUUAUGUUAUAGGGAAAAUAUAAUUCUGGUUGUUCAGGGUUUAUUAAUAAUCAUAGCUGUGUAAAACUAUUUUAUUUUGUUUGAUUAUUUUAUUUUGUGUGUAUUGUGCACAGCUUUAGGGGGAAAUGCACUACUGUGCUGUUCCUUAUUCGUGGUACACGUUACUGGCACAGACAAAUAAAGUUUCUCAUUGUUUCUGACUUAAUCAUUAGUGAUACAGUAUACUCUGUAUGGAACAUUUUCUCUCUUGUCAUUGUCAUCCACUUCAUUUUUAUGUUUUCAUGUUUUAAAGAAAUAAAAACCCAAAAGGUA